GUCCAUCGUGCCUAAAUUAUCAGCCAGUUUCUCGACUCUAAUCAACCAUGUUAUAAAGCAACAGUCUUCCAGAGGAAAAGUACCCUGACCAACCGCUCUGGCAACAUGGCAGACACCAUGUUGCUCUCUUCUGCCGUCCGGCUUCCCACACCUCCACCUGGUGAAUCAUACUCUCCAGGGCCAUCAAACACACGAAAGCGAUCCCCUCCAUCGCGGUCACCCUCGCGCUCCCCACGCCGUCGAAGACCCGCACAGGAUGAUGAUCAUGCCGAUCUCAAGCAAAAUGAUCUUGACGAUGCACGACCCAUGGAUGACCGGGAGCGAGAACUGAUGGCCAGAUUCCGACCGCGGGAACCAGAAUCUGCCAGACGCAAGCCUCUCUCUGCCGAGGAAAGACAGGCUGCCGCAAAAGCCGAAUACGACAAACUGUUGACCAUGCGCUCUGGAGGAACAUACAUACCCCCUGCUCGACUGAGAGAACUGCAGUCCCAGAUAACCGACAAGACGAGCAAGGAAUACCAGCGCAUGGCCUGGGAGGCUUUGAAAAAGUCUAUCAACGGUCUUGUCAACAAAAUCAACGUCUCAAACAUCAAACAUAUUGUUCCCGAGUUGUUCAAUGAAAAUCUGGUUCGUGGCCGUGGUUUGUUUUGCCGAAGCAUCAUGAAAGCCCAAGCUGCAUCCCUCCCCUUUACACCAAUAUACGCCGCCAUGGCUGCUAUUGUCAACACAAAACUGCCACAAGUUGGCGAACUCCUUCUCAAUCGUCUAGUGGUCCAGUUCCGGAAGGCCUUCAAGCGGAACGACAAGGCUGUUUGCUUAUCCUCGACGACCUUCAUCGCACAUCUCUGCAACCAGCAGGUCGCCCAUGAAACGGUAGCAGCACAAUUACUCCUUCUCCUCCUCCACAAGCCAACAGACGACUCUGUGGAAAUUGCUGUCGGACUAACGCGGGAAGUGGGACAGCACCUUGAAGAAAUGAGUCAGCCGAUCGCCCUUGCUGUUUUCGACCAGUUCCGCAGCAUUCUUCACGAAGCUGAUAUCGAUAAGCGCGUGCAAUACAUGAUUGAAGUGUUGUUUCAGGUUCGCAAAGACCGCUACAAAGACAACCCAGCCAUACGGGAGGAGCUUGAUCUGGUCGAGGAAGAAGAUCAAAUCACACACCAGGUAGAUUUGGACGAUGAGGUUGAUGUCCAAGACACGUUGAACAUUUUCAAAUUUGACCCAGACUGGGAAGAACACGAGGAGUCGUACCGAAAACUAAGGGCCGAAAUUUUAGGCGAAGCCAGCGAUGAUGAGGAUGAAGACGACUCUGGUUCGGACGAGAGCUCAGACAGCGAAGAUGACGAAGAAGAAAAGGCGAUGGAGAUCAAGGACCAGACAAAUACCGACUUGGUCAACCUCCGACGUACCAUUUAUCUCACGAUCAUGUCAAGUCUGGACUUUGAAGAAGCCAGCCAUAAGCUGAUGAAAGUCCAACUUCCACCUGGACAGGAGUCAGAGCUGCCUUCAAUGAUAAUCGAGUGUUGCUCUCAGGAGAAGACAUACUCGAAGUUCUUCGGGCUUGUGGGAGAAAGAUUUGCCAAGCUCAACCGUUUGUGGACCGACCUUUUCGAGCAAUCCUUUGCUCAAUAUUACGACACGAUUCAUCGAUAUGAAACCAACCGCUUGAGAAACAUUGCUCGGUUCUUUGGCCAUCUUCUCAGCACCGAUGCCAUUGGAUGGCACGUGUUUUCAGUCAUCCACUUGAAUGAGGACGAGACAACUUCCAGUAGUCGUAUCUUCAUCAAGAUCUUGUUCCAAGAUUUGGCUGAAGCGUUAGGUCUCCCUGAACUGCAGAAGCGUAUGAAGGACGACAUCCUCCGCCCAAGCUUCACCGGAAUAUUCCCCACCGACAACCCCAGAAAUACACGAUUCUCCGUCAACUACUUUACCAGCAUUGGAAUGGGAAUGCUUACCGAAGAGAUGCGCGAACACCUAAAGAAUUUGCCGAAGCCCGCGCCUCCACCUCUGCCAGCCAUCAAGGAUGAUGCUUCAUCCGACUCUGAGAGCGUGAGCUCUUACUCUAGCUACUCAAGUUAUUCUUCUUCCAGUAGAUCCUAUACACGCAGCCCUUCGCGGGAGAGGCCAGUGACAAGUGCGCGUGGAAGGCCUCAAGCGCGUGGACGCGAAGAUUCUCGUGGACGCUCCGGCUCUCGUUCUGCCUCACGAUCCCCUGAUCCACGAAAGAGAACGGGUAAGCCAAGGGGCCGGAGCCCCAGCUCGUCGAUUUCCAGGUCACCCACCCCGCGGCGUUCAACGAGGAGGAAAUCUCCUUCCUACUCUGAAUCGCCCGAGCCUAGACGAUCAGAAGUGCGUCGUGGUCGGGCGCGAACACGAUCAAUAUCAUAUUCCAGUCCCUCAAGAUCUCGCAGCCCGCCUCGAAAAGACGCUCUCCGCGAGCGUGGAGGACGCCAACGGCCUAUUUCACCCUCUCCUGAUCGCGGUCAACGCGCACCAAGACGAGGACCAGACAGUUCGCUCUCCAGAUCCCGGUCUCCUCCACGUUUCGACAAAGCAGGUUCAUCGUCAACCAAAUUUGGUCGCCGGGCCCGCUCUCUGAGCGAAUCUCGCUCGCCCUCUCCUCUGCCCCAACGUCGGCCAGUACGCGGUCGGGCUGCGACCAAUAGUCGAAGCCCGUCUUCUGCAAGGCGUUCACGCAGCCGUAGCCCGCCACGACGGCGAAAUGCGGCACCAGCGAGACGCAGAAAUUCAUCCAGCGCCAGUAGCAGAGACAGUCGGUCACCCCCACGAAGAUGGAACGGAAAGAGGGACGCUUCCCCGGAGAGGAAAGGAAAAUAUGGACGGAACAUGAGUGACGAACGAGGAAAUCGAGGCAAACGAGGAGGAGAUGUAGGCGGAGGUGGUGCUGCGAGAGCAAGAGCAGCCGACUUUGACUAAAAAUUGGGAGUCUGAUAUCUAGUCGUAGGACUUGUAUGGAGGUUCGCCGACGUACUCCAGGCAAACAAGGGAGCAAGGAAACAGCGACCAACAAGUACGAAGGUACUACGAAUUGGGCGAAUAAUUGAUCGAAAUCACUGUAGAGUUAAAAUUGAAUCGCAGCAUGUG